UUUUAUAGGCGCCGGUGAAUCUGGCAAAUCGACGAUAGUUAAACAAAUGAAAAUUAUUCAUGAAUCCGGUUACUCACAGGAAGAAUGUGAAGAAUAUCGUCGUGUCGUCUAUAGCAAUACAAUACAAUCCCUUAUGGCAAUUAUACGUGCAAUGGGUCAUUUGAAAAUUGAUUUUGCUGAUCCCUCAAAAACGGAAAUAGCACGACAAUUCUUUACAUAUGCCUCAGCGGCUGAAGAAGGCAUACUCUUACCCGAAUUAGUAUUAUUAAUGAAGAAACUAUGGUCUGAUGCCGGUGUCCAACAGUCAUUUUCACGUUCGCGAGAAUAUCAAUUAAACGAUUCGGCGGCCUAUUAUUUAAAUUCAUUGGAUCGUAUAUCACAGCCGAACUAUGUGCCAACACAGCAGGAUGUGUUACGUACGCGCGUUAAAACGACCGGCAUUGUUGAAACACAUUUCAAAUGCAAGGGUUUAUACUUUAAAAUGUUUGAUGUUGGCGGCCAACGAUCAGAACGUAAAAAAUGGAUACAUUGUUUUGAAUGUGUCACUGCGAUUAUCUUUUGUGUAGCAUUAUCGGGCUACGAUUUAGUUUUAGCUGAAGACGAAGAAAUGAAUCGUAUGAUUGAAUCAUUAAAACUUUUCGAUUCCAUUUGCAAUUCGAAAUGGUUUGUAGAAACCUCCAUAAUAUUAUUUUUAAACAAAAAGGAUUUGUUUGAAGAAAAAAUCAAAAGAUCUCCCUUGACAAUAUGUUUUCCAGAAUAUACUGGUUCCAAUUCAUUCGAAGAUGCUGCCUGCUAUAUACGCAUGAAAUUCGAAAGUCUAAAUAAGCGUGGAUCAAAAAAGAGAUUUUAUACACAUUUUACCUGUGCCACCGAUACAAAUAAUGUACAAUUUGUGUUUGAUGCCGUCAGUGAUGUCAUAAUUAAAAAUAAUCUUAAGAAUGUGGUUUGUUCUAGAUUCGUUGUUAAUCGAAAGCAAAUUAGAAGUUUAUUUUUUAUUACAUUUAGGAGUACAUAGUAUAUUUUCUUUUUUUUUUUACAUUCAUAAACGCAUACAACAUACAACUGAAUUAACGCAUAUGCAAUCAUCAUUCCGUAGAUUUUUUUAAAAAAUUACAUGUGUUUUUUGUUUGUAAAACAAUGCAAUGCAUUCGUAGCAGAUCAUUACACAGAGAUUUCUUGCGAGAAACAAAAAAAAAAA